UAGCUGUAGCGAGCUUUUUUCACAUUACCAUUUACACCAAGCUGCUUGCUGCAAGAAUUCUAGCUGUGUGAUCUGUACAAAUUGUUCACAAACUAUAUAUCAAACGAUUGAAAAGAAGAUGACAUCGUGGAAACAACUUAUCAUGACGUUUAUAUCUGUCGUUUUGCUGUAUUUCGUGGAAGAUGUGUCUGCGGUUUUCCUGAAUCAAAGUGAUGAAUUUCGUUUGGUCAAAACGUUAUUUGGCAAUUACAACUUUUCCUCGGUUCGACCAGUGGAGAACAACACGAAACCAGUGUCAGUCAAAUUUCAAAUGAAACUGGUCAGAUUGGUUAACGUAAAUUCCAGAGAAAUGACUUUAGUCACCGAUGUGAUGAUAAUACAGAAAUGGAAAAAUCCAUUUUUGACUUGGGAUCCGAAGAAUUAUGGUGGGAUCAAAUCCAUUUUUGCGGAACCAGAAGACGUGUGGGUUCCAGAUACAGCAUUGAUCAAUAAUGCAGAAAGUAAUUUUGCUGGAUCCAGAACAAAAUACAAAACAAUGGUCGUGCUGUCUUACGACGGAUUAAAUACAUGGAUGGCACCGGCAACAUUCAAAAGUUCUUGCAAUUUUGAUGUAUCAACAUUUCCUUUUGAUACCCAACUUUGUGAAAUGACAUUUGGAUCAUGGACAUUUACUGUAAAUCACAUGAUUUUAGAACGACUGGCAGAACAUGAUCAUUUCACAGAUAGCCAUUUUGACAGCGGCGACUGGAAAGUACCGUCAAUAAAAUUGGAUAAACCACAGGAACAUGACAUCGCAGGAAAGAAAUACACCAGACUGACGUAUCGUUUACAAUUGGAACGUAAACCGGUCUACUUUAUCAUUUACCUUAUUGUCCCCAGCGUUUUGAUAUCCUUACUGGUUCUUUUCAGUUUCAAGAUUCCCGUCGAUAGUGGUGAAAGAAUUGGGUUGUGUACAACAGCUCUGUUAGCCAUGAGUGUGUUCUUGUUGUUGAUUGGUGAACAUUUACCAGAAUCAUCCGAAAAUCUCCCUCUCUUAGCUAUUGCAUCUGUUUUAAUGAUGAUAAUGAUAACUUUCGGUUUUCUUGCAACAAUCAUUGUCCUCAAAUGUCACCAUAAUGACACAAAACCACCCAAAUUACUUCGGAUUCUGUGUUGUGUAAAGGCACACGAUUCCUCUACUACACGUGUUGAUACGAAUGACGAAGAUCCAGAUUACUCAACGAUUGACAAACAGGCAGUUGAAGGUUACGAACAAGAAUGGAAAGAUAUUUCUCGAACAAUGGAUAAAAUAUUUUUUUAUCUUUUUGUCAGUAUUUUGCUUGGUACGUUGACAGGAGUUUAUCUCAUGGCGCCCUUGAUUGUAAAGUUGGAACGGAACUUGUGAGAAAAGGAAAACAGUAUCUUGAAAUUUUAAGUUUUUUGUUCUGCAGCAAUGAUAUAUUUCCUAAAAUGUAUCAUUUGAAAAAUACAGUAGUUGAAAUAAAAUAUUACAGACUGACAUACAUUAUCUCAUCAGACUGUUUGCGAAGAGCUUGAAAAAUUAAUGAGUUAACAGUAAAUAUGCCUUUCAAUAAAACUACUUUGCAGGAUGGAAA